UAUUACCUCUCCUUAGAUUUGGACUCAGUGCUCUUUAGUCGUACUAUAAGGUAAUUAUUACCUGAAAAGCGAGUAUUGGAAGAUCAUUUGUAGUGUCUACUCGCUCAAAAUGUCGAUUCGUUUGCGAUUGGAUAAAUGUUGCCUCUGUUUUCCUUUGCGAACCGGUGUUUUGAUCAUUGGAUAUGUCUCUAUGCUAAUAGCUUUAUCUCUCUUCACGUUUUGCUGCGUCUCCUUUUACAAAUUAAAACAAUAUGUCAAGGACCACGAAAAUAACCCGGAACCAGACUUCGCAACGGUGGAUGACUUGCACUCCACUGCCAAUGGUUAUUACAUUUUAUUUUCAUUCGGCAUACUGGUUUCCCAGUUCUGUUUUGCUAUCAAUGUAAUGCUCGUCGUUGGAAUUCAUAGGUUCAACGUUCGCCUCGUUAGGUACUACACGCCCACAUCAAGUAUUCUGGUGAUAUUGACGUUGGCUCUCAUGGUGCACAGUUACUUCUUCUUGACAUUUAGCCGUAUCUGGCCAUUACUCUUGUGGAGUGGGAUCGUGGGCUACUUCAUAAUCGUGGUGCGCCGCUUGUAUCUGAAUAUGAGGAAUGAAGAGAUAGGAUUGAAUAACCAAAGGAACACUACAGAUAUAGAACUUGAGACACUUAGGCAAUAACCAGCGUGGAAGACACUUUUGUUUUAGAAAUUCACAAUUUUAUGGGCUUCUUACACACAAUGUCUUACAACUCUUUAUAAAUAAUAUGCACAAAAUAAAGAUAUACAGGAUUAAAUCGUUAAAUGUGUCAAGGCGAUUAUUCUGUAAAUAUAAGAGCCAUCAAAAACCCUUAAUCUGAUAUCAAAAGUACUUUACCUAAUUAGUAAAACGACAUCAAUAACUUUUUUAAAUAAUUUAAUUAUAUAUACAUGAAAUAAUUUACAAAUAAAAAAUAUGGGUAUGUUAGUUGACCUACUUUAAGAAAGUGAAAUUUAUUUAUAAGUAAGCACAAAAUUUUGUAUUCAAAUUAGUUCUUCGAAACUAAAGUCUCUCUAGGAAUGUCU